GUGGUUGCAUGUGAUCGAAGUCUCCCGGGUUGCGCUUGCGCUGAGUUCACAGUCUCCAUGAGUUCAAAGAUGCGAACAAAGAAAGAAAGAAGAAAUGCCACCGGCCACGUGAUGAGACUCCAAAUGGCGGUAGAAUCAGUUCCGCUUCCGCAUCAUUUCCAGAGAAAGUUUUGGCUAUUACAUAUAUUUAUAUACUGUAUCUAUAUUGCUAAUAAACACACUGCCAUAAGAAUCUCCGAAGAACAUUAUUGCUGUUGUUCUGUAGUAACUUGACAGAGUCGGCGUUGAUAACAAUGGCCUUGAGAGCAAUCAAAUGGUCGGAUGGUAAGCUGGAGAUCCUGGACCAACUUUUGCUGCCUAAAGAGACUGUGUUUAUCGAGAUUAAGAGCGUUAAAGAUGGUUGGAACGCUAUCAACAAGAUGCAGGUUCGAGGAGCUCCAGCAAUUGCUGUUGCUGGAUGCUUGAGCUUGGCUGUGGACAUCAUACGCCAUCACUACAAUAACACAAAAGUACUCCUGCAAGAUAUCAAAGAUAAGUUAGAUUACCUUAUUACUGCAAGGCCUACAGCUGUAAAUAUCAAGCUUGCAGCAGAUGAAAUCAUUCAGUUUGCCACAAAAUUAUCUAAAGAAGAUAUUUAUCCUGAUGACAUGAAAGACAGAGUUAUUACAGAAAUAAUCUCAAUGUUAGAAAAAGAUAUUGAAGACAAUAUAUCAAUAGGAAUUCAUGGUUCAACAGAAAUUUUGCAAAGGACUGUAGAUGAGAAAGUAAUAAGUGUGAUUACUCACUGUAAUACUGGUAGCUUGGCUACCGUUGGAUACGGUACAGCUUUGGGAGUUAUUCGGGCUCUUCAUAAGACUAAAAAAAUAGAACAAAUUUACUGUACUGAAACCAGGCCUUACAAUCAAGGAGCAAGAUUGACUACUUAUGAAUUAGUGCAUGAUAAAAUACCAUGUACACUGAUAUGUGAUAGUAUGGUUGCCUCGCUUAUGAAAUCCAAAAAUAUAGCUGCUGUGAUUGUUGGAGCUGACAGAGUUGCUGCUAAUGGUGAUACAGCCAAUAAAAUUGGAACAUACCAAAUUGCUGUUUUGGCACGCUAUCACGAAAUACCUUUCUAUGUAGCAGCUCCAUUGACUACAAUUGAUUUCUCAAUACCAAAUGGAGAUAGUAUCAAAAUUGAAGAGAGACCGCACGACGAACUUACUUGCAUCAAUGGUGUUCGAAUUGCUGCUGAAGGAAUAAAUGUUUGGAAUCCAGCGUUUGACAUCACACCGGCGAAAAUAAUCACAGGAGUAAUUACUAAUAAAGGUGUCUACAGACCUCAUGAUCUUGUUAAACUUAAACAAGUAAAAGAUUGAACAUUUAUGAUAUGUUUUUAUUCAGAGAAAUACACGAGAUAUUUACAAACAAUAAAAAAUAAUAUUUAUUGUGUAAUCUGCUACGUUUUCAAUAUGUUUGCAUUUGUUUGGUUUCAUAUAAUGUAAUAGAAUUUACAAGACGUUAAUUAGAAUAAUACUACAAGGAGAUAUAAAUUACAUAAUCAUAAUCAACAAAUACUUACGCAGACAAUAUAUAGUGAUCUUGUAUUUUAUAAAUAAUUUCGUUUCAAUUUUAAUUGGUAAAGAAAAUAUGUUUCAACUGUAAUUGUUUUUUAUCGGACAACAUUAAAUGUCUGUUACAUAAAAUGUAUACGUCAACAUAUAAAAGAACUAACUAGCUUUUUUAGUUCAUAUUCAGAUAGGAACUAGUUAACUUAGUUUCAUUCAAGUCUCUUCAGUUUUCUAUAUUUUAAAGAUUUUUUUAUACCGUAGGUGAUAGCAUAAUUGUAUUUAUUUUGAAAUGAUCUUUUAAUAUUACUGUGUUAUGUCAGAUAGAAAUACUAUUUUGAAUCAUACGGGAACGUUGCUUAAUUUACUGCCUAAAUCAAAAUAAAAAAGCUUAGUUUUUUAAACUAAUUUUAUACAUCUAUGACUGUGUUUCAUCUUAAAUGUAGAUAGAUCAAAAAAUCAUGUUAGGCAACUGUUAAAGUGACAUAGCAAGUCUGUUUUCCAAAGUACCAUUAUCUGUACAUAUAAUUAUCUGAUUUAUUUAUUUAUUAUCUCAUGGCCACCGUAAAAAUAGAUAGGACAAUGAUUCUGACCGAUGUGGUAUGUAUUAGCGACAGAUCAUUAUACAGUUCCUUUGCUACUUUUAUGUCUUUUCAUUCGAAGGAAGAACUGUAACAAGUGAAAUGUAUAAAAGAAUUCUUAUUAAGUUUUUCCAAGUCUAAUUAAAAUGUUGAUGUUAAGUACGGCAAGUUUAGUAUACGGUGCUCACGAAGCAUGCAAAAACUACCUUGCUCGAUAGUGACUACGUUUGACGAAAGAUUUCCCAGUCAAUUGUAAAGACGUCUUUGAAAAAGUCUGUGAUCGUACAACGCAUUUUUCAAUGUACUUUAGUUACGUUUAAAUCCCGUUUUUUGUGAUAACUUUUUAAAAAAUUAAAAAUUAACCGAUAUAUCAUAAAUCUACUAUUCCAUGAUAUCGAAAAACCAUGAAAAUUGACGAUUAGAAAAUUUGCAAAAUAAUAAUUAUUGUGAUAAUUAGUAACGAAUUUCUACAUAUAUGUAACUCUUCUUUACCUUGUAUAGUAAGAUUGUAUUUGAUUUAAUUAAUCAACUUUAAUUUCAGUACCGACUUUUCUACUUAUGAAGAUAUGUUACUUUAUUACUUUAUCAGUUGAUAUUAAUGAUAUUGCAGCGAAACAUAGAUGUAGGAUUCGAUUUAAAAAUAUUCAAUCUCUUUGUUUAUAUUUUGUAUAUAUGGCACAUUCCAGGCUAUGACGAUCAGCUUUUCAGGGGUAGGUUUCGGAUUUUCUUAAAACUUGGUAUAUAUAUUGCCUAUAUGGUAGUGUAUUUAAGUAUGGAUAAUUAGAUCAUUAUAAUAAUUAUAUCAAAAGUUAUAAACAA